UAUUACACAAAAAAAAAAAAAAAAUAAUAAACUCCACAUUACGGUUUACUAAAUAAAAAUUUACCAAAAAAAGCUAAGCCGACUGCACUGCAACCGCCUGCCGCGCUUUCUUAUCGGAACCGUUUGGGGAUAAGCUUCGUCCAGUUGGAGUGAAAUGUAGUAAUCAACAAUAAAAGCUGUGAGAAAGGGAAUACGAAAAGUGUGUCAACUGCCUGAAAACUACAUACCAGGAAGCGCUCCUUUCGGCCUUAGCAACCGAUAAAUCCGCAAGAGACAAGCAAAAUCGGAGCAAAUUACGAAACUACCAUUGAUUUUGGCACCAAUCAAGAUGUAACUUGUGACUUGGCGUAAAUUACCCUUGAAUAAUUCAGAAUCUACGGCAGUAUCAGUACCCAUCCGAUAUCAGAUGUUGACCUUAUAUUACGUGAGUGCCACCGUCCUGCAAUCCUGGCGCAUUCAGAAGGCCUGCUCCAAAAUCGCCGAGCACUUAGCGCAACCCUCGAGCAUUGCCUUCUAUGCCCUCCCGGCGGGUAGCGACGAUGGAUUUGAUCCCACCCUGGCCAGCUCUGAGCUAUGCGGCAACCGCAACGCGGCCAAGGUCACGGACAUACUGUGGCUGCACGCUAACCAGAGGGGCUGUUGCCUCCGUCCGCUCCAAACGCUUCACAUCACGCCGUGGAUCAGCUUCCCGCCGGCGCCCAGUUUACUGCCCUUCUCCUACGCUGCAGAGACAUUGACACCGGUAACCACGCCUACGGAUUUGGGCACACCGCUUAGACAGCGAGUCUUGUUAUCCGCGGAGAGCGACCAGAGGAUGCAGUUGCUUCUCGAGGCUCACGUAGACCCCCUGCAGCGGCCCAGUUCCGAGGACCCAACAGCAGUGCGGUUGGAAGAUUACGGUAAGCUAAUUGCAUGGAAAAUAGACUCCCACCUGGCGGUGCUAAUCGAAACUGACGUCGAGCAUUUUACGCAACUUUUGAUAACGACAUUUUUGCGAAAUAAUUUAUGCAUUAACGAUCAACUGCCACUUUUACGGAUUGAGUCGGUUCAGCGGGAAGGUGAUCCGCAGCCCUUUGAGUUGCUGGCAAACCAUCUGAAACGGCAGUCACGUAAAACAGUUUGCCUGAACAAGGAUGGCUGGAAAAAGCACCUGGAGGAUUUGCGAGCAGUCGGUGUGUUAGCUCACCAAGCUACCGAGUUCGAGUAUCAAAGAAAUCGAUCUGAGGGAAGGACGAAACAAGAUUUACUUGGACAUGAGCAUCGCCAGACUGCAGAACCCGUGGCAAAGGCUGUAGCUGUAGUGGAGCCCACCAACAAAACAUCCCUGUCUCCGACAAGGAUACCUGAUUGUUCCCAGAAAACGGAGUCCAAGGAAACACCAAGGAAAGCUUCGCCUACAAAAACCGAGUCCAAAACCACUCCUGCUAAAACCGAAAGGAAGCAGAUCCCAACCAAUGAGGACUCCAAGCCAACGUCAAGUAAAGCUGAAUCAAAGCCUAGUGAACUAGAGAAGCUAGCGGCUGCCCAGGCUGCGCAACAGAAAGUAGAGAAAAUGGAGAAGUCGCCCAUCAAGGGAGCUUCCUUGGUUAAAGCACCAAAUGUUAGUAUAAUCAAAGAGCCCAUAAAACCAUUAGAGCAGUCAACAAAACCCAGCAAAAGCUUUGAGGUGGUAAAGCCUUUAAAUUCGCCUCCGUCAUCUAGUUCUGCUCCUUCGCGCCCUGUGCUGCAAAGAAAUAAGAAUAGUCUUCAGGAGAGUAAACCACUGAAUGUUUUAGUGUACUCGGAUAGCGCUAGUGCCCGGGAGUCUACUCUAGCCACUCUUCAGCAGCUGCUGGAGCAUAAUGUGUACACCAUCUAUCCGCUGAUGCCACAGCAAGCGGCUCAAAAACAUUGGACGGAACAGACUGCGCUUCUGGUUGUUUGUGGAUCGGUGGCACCUGGAAUCGGUCAGAUAUUGGUAGAUUAUUUCCUGCAAGGCGGCAAAGUGCUGAGUCUCUGCUCAGAUAUUCUUCAUUUCAUACUUCCCAACUAUCGCACAGCGGAGGUUCGAGAGCACGAGUUGGUUCAGUUCUCCUAUGACAAGUGGCAGCGGGUCAAGAUGAUGCAUCACAUCUUCUGCUACCAGCCAUCGCCGGUUAAGAAACACUUCUCCACGGAUAGCGAGGAGUCAACCAAGUCGCAUUCACGAAAACCGUCCAUGGAACUGAAGGAUCUGGCCGGCCACAGCCACGAAUUAGAUGUCCAGGUGCUGGGCACUGAGGAAACCUGGAAUACUCCCAGCUUGAUGUUGGCCAAAAGCCUGCAGAGCGGUGGAAAGGCUGUUUUUUCACAGGUUCAUUUGGAAAUGAGCCCCAGUGAAUUUGAGUCGGAUGAAAUGAAGUACUCCAUUCUGAGGGAAAACGAACACACUCGCCUUGAGAUCUUUGCUGAUCUCUUGGGGAAGUACUUGGAUGUGCAAGUCCAUUGUGGAGACUCCGUUGAUCAGCCUCAUCCUGGAGUAGUCUAUCAGCACGCUUAUUUUUUGGGACGCCAUGAAGCGAAGUUUGAGCUUUUGGAGAAGCUGCGUCUGCGUUGCAGUGGUUCCGACAACGUCAUAGCAACGCCCAAGCUGACGAUGAAAUUCUGUAGCAGGGACGACAAGCCUCCAGUGGCAAACAAUAAUGUGCUGCCCAUACUGAUACAUUCCUGUCCUGAAGAUUUCUCCACAGUGGAAUAUUUUGAUCACCUUAAAACCGAGCAUAUUGGACGACUGGUCAUAUAUGCACCAGUUGUGAGCAGUUCCAUGCACGUCAUAAACAAUUUGGAACUUAUAAACGGUCUAGCUGUGCUUCCUGUGCAACAGACCUCGGGAGUCGGACGGAGCAAUAAUCAGUGGCUAAGUCCCCUCGGCUGUGCCAUGUUCUCACUGCAACUCCACGUGGCCAUGGAUUCGGCUUUGGGAUCUAGGCUGCCUCUUUUGCAGCAUAUAAUUGGUGCGGCGAUUGUCAAUUCUCUACGAAGUCAUGAGCAGUACAGGGUAUUGGAUGUUUCCAUAAAGUGGCCAAAUGAUAUAUACGCAAAUGGGAACCAAAAAAUCGGCGGCCUUGUCAUUAACACCACUCUACAAGGCUCACAAGCAAUCGUCAAUAUUGGUAGUGGAAUCAAUUUAAAUAACUCAAAACCAACUGUAUGCAUUAAUGAUUUAAUAAGAGAACACAAUGUUCGCGUGCCGAAUAACAAGUUAUCUAUGCUUAAAUAUGAGCUAUUUAUUUCCAUGAUAUUUAAUGAAAUCGAAAGACUUUUGGGAGAAGUACAAAACGGAGACUUUGAUAGUUUUUAUGCCUUAUACUACUCGCUCUGGUUACACAGCGGUAAAACGGUCAAGAUUUGCCUUCAAAAUGAACAGGAAAGAGAAGCUGAAAUUGUGGGAAUCGAUGAUUUUGGAUUUUUAAAGGUGAAGCUACCCACCGGAGCCAUAGAAACCGUUCAACCCGAUGGAAAUAGCUUUGAUAUGUUGAAAGGAUUAAUUAUACCAAAAUACCACUAGUUGAUUGAAAAACUCCCAUUAUACCCCGAAUCCACGUACUAGGGGAAUUAGCAACUUGUAUUUUUUAGUCGCAUUUACAUAGGGAAAUUUAUAAAAAAUUGAUUACGUAUGUAUGGAUGUGUUUACUUCUAAUUACACCGUGUUUUUCUUCUAAAGUGGCUUAACCGUAUUUAUUCUUGCUUGAAUUUGAGAAAAAUGGAUAUAACCCAAUAUGAAUUUUAUUAAAUUGAAUACUGCCAAAGAAAAAUAUGUCAAUGAAAAUCUCCAACAUUCAAAAAUCUCCAAAAUUUAUCUCUAAAUAAUAGGUAUAUGCCGCAUAUAUCCCAGUGUUUUGAAAAUACUUAUACUGUUCGUUAUUAGUGUUAUUGCCAUCGAUUUCUCUACGUAUGGGCGUUUUUUAAAUUCGACUUUAAUAAAGACGUUUGCUUAUUACGGACCUCAA